AUGACCAAUAACCUACUAAAUGUACCUUUAAAACAAACAGAACCAAUAAAUUUAGGUGAAAAAAUAAGUGAAGUCAUAAAAUCACAAUUCUUUCAACCUGCUUCAAAUUUUGAAAAUGAUUUAAAUUAUUUAACAAGUUUAAGAAAUUCAAUAACAGAAAUUAGUAAUACAUCCAUAUCAACAAUAUCAUCAAUUGAUAAAUGUUAUGAAUAUUAUUCUGUUUUACAAAUUUUAGAAACUAAAUUUCCAAAAGAUUCCAUAGAAUUUGGAUGGUUUAUAACAUUAUAUUUAAAACCAAUUGGACCAAUUUCAAUAAGAUCUAUUAAAUAUGAAAUUUUAAAUAUUAUAUUUCAAAUUGGUUCAAUAUAUUCUAAAUUAGCAUUAAAUGAAUCAAGACAUUUAGAUGAAGGUUUAAAAAAAUCAUGUCAAUUUUUUCAAUUAUCAGCUGGAUGUUUUCAAAUUAUAAAAACUAUAGUAACUUCAAUAAAUUCAAAUCCAAAUUCAAAUUUAGAAAUUCCUGGAGAUUUUCAAAAUCUGACCAUAUCUUGUUUAAUUGAAUUAAUGUUAGCACAAGCUCAAGAAACUAUAUGGCAAAAAGCUAUAAAUUCUGAUACAACAAAAGAUUCAGUUAUAGCAAGAUUAUCAAUUCAAACAUCAGAAUAUUAUUCAAAUUCAUUAAAAAAUGCAAAAAAUUCAGAUUAUAUAAAAUUAGAUUGGAUGAAUCAUAUAACUAUAAAAUAUUAUCAUUUUUUAGCUGCAGCUCAUUAUAGAAGUAGUAUUAUAGCAUUAAAUUCUUUUCAAUAUGGUGAACAAGUGGCUCAUCUAAGAAUUGCUUCAGAUGCCAUAACUAAAGCUUUAAAAUUUAAAAAAUAUGUUAAUGAAUUUGUUUUAGAAGAUUUAAUGGGAUUAUCAGAAAUCGUUAAAACUAAGCUAAGAACUGCUGAAAAAGACAAUGAUUUAAUUUAUUUAAAAUUAGUUCCAAAAGAAAAUGAUUUAAAACCAAUUAUUGGUGUAUCUAUGGUAAAACCUAUAGAAUCAGAAGAAUUCACAAAACCACUACCAAAGGAUACAAUUUUUAAAGAUUUAUUACCAUAUGUUAUAAUACAUUACGCACAAGCAUUAAGGGAAAGACAAGAUGAAUAUUUAAAAACAUCAAUAAUUGAACCAAUACAAGCUUUAGAUCAAAUAAUAAUAAAAUUUUUAAAUGAAAGAAAUUUACCAUCAAGUAUUGAUGCUUUACAACAACCUGAAAAUAUACCAGAUGCUAUAUUAAAUCAUUCAAGAGAAAUAAUGAAUCUUGGUGGUAUAAAUAUUAUUGAAAAUCUUUUAAAAGAUAUUUCUAAUUUAUCAUAUGAAUGUAAACAUUUAGUUCAAGAAUGUCAGAAUAGAAUUGAUAAAGAUAAACAAGAAGAUCAAAUGUUAAGAGAAAAAGAAGGUACAACUAGAUGGAAUAGACCAGAUACUGAAAAAGCAGCUUCUAUCCCCAUAGCCAAAAUUCAACGUAUGAAUGAAUACUUACAACAAGCUAAAAAUGGUGAUGAAGUUAUUAUUCAAAGAUUUAAUGAAAUUCGAGAACCUUUAGAAGUUUAUAUGGGAGGACUUACUUCAUUGAAUAAAUAUAUACCAAAUUCAAAUUAUAUUAAAUUAGAUAAAAAUAUAUCAAAUAUAGUGAUUGAAUUAAGAGACUAUUUAAGUCAAAUAGAUUCUUUAAAAACUGAUAGAAUAAAUUUUUUACAUAAUAUAGAAAUUAAAAAUAGAAAUAAUAAUAUUUUACCAAAAUUAAUUGAUGAAUAUAAAAGAAAUAAAAAUCAAUUAUAUGAUAAUCAUGGAGAAUUUAAACCAACAAAAUUUGAAUUAAUUUAUGAAGAUCAUAUAAAAUUAUUUAAUUCUGAAAUUUCAUUUUUAUAUCAAACUAAAACAAAUCAACAAGAAAUUGAAAACAAAAUAGAUAUAAUCAAUAAGAAAUUCAUUCAGGAAUAUACAACUAAUGUUAAUUCAACUUUGAAAAAAAGACAAACCGCAUUACAAAAUUUAGAUACUUCAUUUAUAAAAUAUAAAGAAAUUUUAACAAAUUUAAAUGAAGGUUUAAAAUUUUAUAAUGAUUUUAUAUCAAAGGGGAACAACGUAUUAAAAGAAUGUCAAGAAUUUUUAAAUAAAAGAAGAGUUGAAAGUAGAGAUUUAGAAAUUGAAAUUCAAAGAAAUUUACAAUAUCAAAAUGAACAAAAUCAAAGACUGAUUACACCGGAUAUUACUGCUACUGGUAAUAAUCAUCGAGAUGAAGCUUUAGCUCCUGAUGUUCAAUUAGUUUCUCCAAGAACUCAAAAAUCAAAUGUAUGGGACCCAAAUUCAAAUAUAAAAUUUGGUUAG